AAGUUGGGUUCGAAUCUCCGCUAAGCAUGGUCUGAUGUAGUUCGAGUAUCGGUCGCACGAGGGUCGAGGGUUUCGGUUUCGGUUUCGGUUUCGUUUUCGUAAACAUUUAGAUCUGUUGUAAGAGCUUGGCGAGAACUUUUUUUCAGAAAUGUAUUAUUUCAAACCUUGAGAAAAAUUGGUGACCGGUCAUCUAAUGAUAUAUCACAUUCUUUUCAUCACCUUUCUCUUACAUCUCUAUCAUACUAACAGUAUUUUGUGAUCGUUCGAACAAAUAAUAUUUUUUUAACACCUGUGAAAUAUAUAGUAGCCACUAAACGGCAAAUAAAGAAUAGAAUCAAUUUAGUACUAAUACUACAUAAAACUUGGCUUUACUUUACACAAGUCUUUUGCAAGUUCUUAAGUCUUCUGAAUUAAAUUACAAAACGACGCACAUACAUAGACAAUAUUAAUCCUAUGUCACAAUCUAAGAUAAUGGAAGACAAAAGUAAGCCAUAGCUUACAUUAGUUAAAUUAUUAUUGUAUAAUGGAUUGCGCCGUUAAAAAUUUAGAAAAAACAUUUGAUAUAAAACAGAAGGCAUUGGUCAAUAAGCUACAUAACAUGCAUUGGCUGAAAAACAUGUCACCUCCAUCAAACCCUGGAAAGAUAAAAAUUAUUUAUAAGCAUAUACAAGAGAGAGAGAGAGAUCAUGACAAGAAUAAUAAAUUGGAAGAUAAGGGUUUAUUGACAGAAAAUAUCAAGACAUCAGUUGAAGAAUCUGAUAAAUAUCGUUUGAUGGAUACAUACAAAAAAUAUUUGCCUAAUGACGCAAUGUCAGGAAGUGAUGAAAAUGUGUGGAACAAAGAUGUUAAUUUGCCUCAUUCGUUCCAAAAUUCCAAAAAGUUGGUUAACCUGAAGGAUAAAGAAGAGAAAGAAGACAUGUUAAUGAUUACAGAAAGGAUUAUAACAGCAAAACUGGACGCUCAGUUUUAUACUGAUAAGAUGCAAAAAGAUCAAUCAAAUAUGUCACAAAAUAAUGCCGAAGAUAUUACACAAAAUGCUGUAUAUUCAAAUCUUUCCAAUAUUAAGACAAAAUCUAAUAAAACAGCUGAUGUGACAUAUCAAAAUAAGAAUAUAAACAAAAAUGCAAUAUUGCAGAAACAACAAACAGUUUCUAAACAAUCUGCGUCAAAGAUGCAAGAGUCUUUUAAAAAGAAUGCAUUUAUGCUUAACUUUGCUAUUUAUAAAAAUAAAACAUUAGAGGAAACAGAAAAAGUAAACAAUCUAUCCGAAAAAUCUGAUUUGCUUUUAAAUGAAGAGAGGAGAAAUAAAAAAAUCAUUGAUGAGAAACAGUGUCACCAAAAAGCGGAUAGUGAUUGUAAUCUUAAAACUACAUUUGUCAUGCAAUAUAAAAACUCGACAUUCACAAAUCCCAUGCAAAAUAAAAGUAUGCUGAGAAAUAUUGAGCACACUGCAAUCUAUGGAAGAAAUUCAUUAUAUAAUGAUCCUAGAUUUGACAAUAAGUCUAUCGGCAAUGCUGAGCGCAAAAGUGUUAUAAAUAGCGAAUAUAUAUCUACUAAUAUAUUUUCAAAAUCAAAUGUAAAAUCAACUAUAGAUAAAAAAGAUACAUUAGUAUGUAAUAAUGAAAACAAGGUAAAUCUUGUAAAUGCCAAGACAUAUUUAAUGGAAAAUAAGAAAUGUGCGAAUUUAAGCAUUGGUCAUAUCAGAAAACAGGAACCUAUGUUAGGACGGUGUCAUAAAGAAAUGAAAAAGAUCGAUAAGUCUAAAAUCAAUAUAGAUCAACAAAAUAUAGAAAUAAAUAAUGCUACUGAUAAUGAACAAACAAAUUCAUUCAAACACUCGUCCAAUUUACUUUCUAAUAGGUAUACCGUAGAAACACCAGCCGAUGCGAUACAUCAACAUUCAUUAAAGUUAGAAUAUUCACAACAUAUGGAUAAUGUAAAGAAAUUAGGGAGCAGUCAAACUACUUGGAAUAACUGUUUAUCCAACAGUACAAUACAGAAGAAUGCUACAAUCGUAAACUCGCAGCGAUCUAUUCAAAAUAUGCGUUUCAAUGUACAACAAACUAUUAUGCAAGCAACAGAUCAAACAAAGCAAAUGUCAUCACGGGAGCCAAAUAGUAGCAAAUUUUAUAAUCAACCUUUUUCAAUUGGCAAUGCGAUGCCACCGUCGCAAAUUCCGAAUACUUUCAAUGUGGCACUGUACGAAAGCAAUGUACAAACAUCGAAUGAUAGCGACACUACCUCCAUACUGGAAACUGCAAUGAAUCGUAAUAAAGAAAAAUCAGACAUAUUCUAUAAAUACACGCCAAAUAUACAACAAAGAUCUGGUACGACAUUUUCAGAUUUUACUGGCCAUUCUAUAUCAUCAGGUCAGACUAGAAAAUGGAAUUCUUGUGUAGAUAGUUUUCAUGUUGAUCCAUACAACAUAAUGCAAACUUACAAUUCUGGUGCUUUCGACCCUAAUGAUUUUAAUAAUACACACAUAAGGAAUUCGCUACCGCAUCCAAUAAUUUAUGCACCAUCCCCGAAUGUGCAAACGCGAAAUCCGCAAUUACAGUAUCCGUUGCCUGUCUCUUAUAAUCCCUCAUGCACGAAUUAUAUUCGUGUAAUUCCUAAUACAACUAAUCAAUUGAAUAAUUUUAACAACAUUGGCUCUAUGCAUGAUCAGCAGCUUAAAUAUAUUCCUUGUAUGCAAAUGAAUAAUUAUAUUAGAGGUACACAUAGUGAUCUAAGUAAUUGUACUGUACAACCGAGGAAUGCUGUUGAUAAUGUUCCAAUGAAAUCCAAUCAGCAUUACAAAAAGUGUCAAGACAAUUCCCGAAUGGUUUAUAAUGUCUCUCGAUAUGUGACACCGCUUUCAUACUCGGGAGUCCAAAAAGAUAAGAAUUUUAUGCCCGCGAUAGGUAAAAAUCAGUGUAGUAACGCAUACUUUUGGCAAAAUCAGAAGGAUAAUCAAAAUGCGGUGAAUUACAUGCAAAUGUCAAAAUAUCCGAAGAGUCAAAUGAUACAAGAUCUUGCUUGCGAUGAUAAUGAAUCGGAAAAUAUUCCUCCAAUAAUAUCUCCAAAAGAAUUUAUAACAAAUAACGUAAGUUUCUCAAAUAAGACUGAGCAGUUUACAGCACGUGUUUAAACCAGAAUGAACAUGAUAUAUUUUCCGUUGUCAUUGCAAAAAUGUAAUGGCAUUUUCUACAAUACAAUUAUUUACCAAGAUUUUUCGAAAAAAUAUAUAUCUAUCAGCAGUAUCGGAUCGUAAUACAAGCCUAAAAUACGUAAAAAUAUAAGAUUUAAGUUCGUAAUUUAAAUAUGAUACAAAGUUUGGGUAUAAUUAAAUAUAUACAAUAUUUUUUUCUUUUAUUUGUUUAGUAUUACGUUUUCAUAUAACCGAUUAAUAUUAAGAUUAAAAAACUAUGUUAUAGUAAAAGACAAGAUAAUUGAGUAUUAUUAACAUAAGCAUUUAUAUUGGCAUAUUGUGAUAUAAAACAAAUCCAAAAUGAGAUGUUUUCUUUGCAUUUAAAGUGUUUUCAAUUUUCGUCGAGCUUAAGAUAAAAAUUUUUGCUUUGAAAUUCUGUAAGAGAAGAGCUUAAGAUGAAAACUAUAUUCAGAAAUACCUACGUUUUGUUUGAAUCUUUUCAUAUAGAUUAAGUUUCAAUUACAAAUCGCAAGAUAUGUACAAGAAUUGUUAUAUUUCCAAACAUAUUAGUAUGUAAGAUCUGUUUUUUUAUAUAUCUGAUUCUUAUAAUUUUAAGAUAAAAUGUUUCAUACAGUAUAUUUUAUAUAUACACACACAUGUAUAUGUUAUUUUUCUAUUUUAUUUUUAUUUGAAUCUUGUUAAUGAAAAUUAUAUAGUUUAUUUUCUCUGAACCAAAGUUAUAAAAUAAAUAUAACGUAUUUUGCGUGCGUGUGAUUGUUA